AAACAAGAACCACCCCUCCACCCCUGUCAAACACAUGGUACAGUCCAAAAACACCCAUAUAUUUCACUGCUCCAGUUCAUUUCCUGACACAGCUUCAGUCUCUCCUUCAGCUGGGUUCAGUUUUGUGUUUCGGACUAAAGUCUAACCAUGCAGAGACCAGGAGGAAUCACACCAGAGACACACAACGCAGAUGAAAAAAUUCAACAGAUCUGUAAUAAAAUGAAACCUGAUGUGCAGAAAAAAUCUGGGAAGAAUUUUGGUACUUUUGUUGCCAUAAGCUACAAAACCCAGUGUGUGGCCGGGACCAACUACUUCAUAAAGGUCCACGUGGGUGGAGACGAGCACAUCCACAUUCGUGUUUAUGAAAAACUACCAUGUUAUGGAGGAGACAUUGAGCUGACCAAUAUCCAGCACCCCAAGACCCACCAGGACCCGAUUGAGUACUUCUGAACAGAUCAGACCGGUGUCUGCACUCAAGACAUGCAGUCAUCAAGUCCAGCUAACAACUGUUUACAAAACCUGACUGCAAAUAUUUACUGCACUUCAUUUUUAUAACCAACUUAAAACCAUUAAACCACAUCAGUCACGUUUUGUUUUACCUUGUGACCGAUGUUCCUCUUUGUUCAGGCCACAAUGUGUGAUUUCUGUUCACAACAUUAAACCUAAAAUGCUGA